AUGGUUCCUGCUUUCGUCUUUUGUGUCUUGAGCAUUCUGCACGCUCAAGCAGCUCCCCAAGACCCCGCUUUAGGUUAUGAGUUGCCAGUACCCGAUGACGAUGUAGAGUAUGAAGUGGUUACGGCAAAGGCAAUGGAUCGUUUCGGUCACCCAAUGUAUACUGUGAACAUGAUACCGAUCGAAUAUGGCGUAAACGAGGGCUAUUCAUCAUCGGAGUCGCAAACUCAGGGUUCAUCGUUCUCUGGUGAGCAGGCUGAAAGUUAUCGCAGCGGGGAGUCCGGCUAUGAUGUUUUUAGUCAGAAUUCAGGAGAGUCAAACUCGGGAGCCACCUCCGGAAGUGAAUACCUUGCCAGUUAUUCACCUGAAAGAAGUUAUGUGAGAAGUUCUCAAUCCAAUGCAAAUUCACAAAGCGCAAGAGCUUCUAGUGAAAAACGUUAUACAUCGGUUAAUGUUGCCCCCAAGCCUCACCCUUUCUUACCACAGCCGCAGUACUAUCACCAAUCUCACCCAUUAGUGCCACCACCGGGAUAUCCUAUUUCGCCAUCUCCAGGAUACCCGCCGUACCCGGGAUACAAUCCCUAUUAUCCAGGCAAGCAACCUCUGCCGUUCUUUCCACCACCCAAUAAAUACCCGAUUCAUCCUAUUCCAAGCCCAGUUCCCCAUGGCCAUAAGCAUCCCAUUAGUCAUAAACCGAUUCCGUUUGUUCCUUUGAUAGAAGAGUUGCCAUCAGCACAAGUUCCAUUAAUCCAGACUGCUCCUGUAAACAAAAACCACAAAUCUCACAAGCCUCACGGACGAAACACGCUGCCCAUCGAAAUAUUGCCAGUAGGUCCACAGGCAAAUCCAAUCCACCACGGAUUUAAUCCAAUACAUCCAGGUAGUCAACCAGGAAAGAACCCAUUAGGCCAACCAGGAAACAAUCCGAAUGGUCAACCAGGUAGCCAACAAGGCAACUACCAAGGUAAUAAAAAUGGCUACCAAGGAUCCAACUCCAAUACACAAACAGGAUCUUCCUCAAGUUCAAGUGUACAAAGUUCUCAACCCGGAAACAAUCCCAACGGCCAACCCGGAAACCAACCAGGCAGUAACCCAGGAAACAACGCAGGUAGCAAUGGGGUAGGAGGCAGACCAUGUGGACCAAUUGGACACCAUCAUUCUUCCGAUUCUACUGAUGUUACUGUGAUCGAACCUAUAUUCCCCGGUACCAAACCUGGACACCCGGCCAAAGGAAGGCUCUGCAUUUGCUUCAGCAGCUAUUUCGAAAUUCCUUCCGUUAUGCGUGAUAAAUUUCGAUUCCAUUAA